AAAUAUUUACGACAGUGCUUGUGUUGUCAUUUGCGACAUUACCAACGACGUACGGCCGCCUGCUUGAACACUUUUCCACCCUCCCAAGGACAACGGGUCCACUUCUCACAUGGCCAACCCACUAAAAAGUGAAGUGAUCCGGCUUUACAAAAACCUGCUGUAUCUCGGUCGGGACUACCCGGAAGGAUCUGCCUUUUUCCGACAGCGCCUCAAGUCAGCCUUCAUGAAAAAUAAAGACGUGACUGACCCCGAACAAAUCAAAAAGCUGGUGGGACGUGGAGAGUUUGUCAUCAAGGAGCUGGAGGCCCUCUACUUCCUCAAGAAAUACAGAGCCAUGAAGAAGCGCUAUUAUGAUCCGGAAACAUAAUCACAUGAAUAUCAUUGUUAGAACUAUGGAAUCUUAGCAUGGACUUCAGUCAGAUGAUGCUGCCAUAAUUAUUCAAAUUUCAUGUUUUUUGUUUUUUUUAACAGUAACACUGUUGCGAAAUAAAAUAACGUGUAACCAGCCAUAAGUACACAUUUAAGUGUUAUUUUAUUGUUGAAAACAAAACAUGCUGUCGUACAUUCUUAAUGUUCUAUGGAUUCAAGGGGAAUUCUUUAAAAUGAAUGUAAAUUAAAUUUGUGUAGUCAGUAUUGUUCAACAAUAAAUGUGCACACUUUAAUAAAGUUAUUCUGUUUCAAAGCAGUACUUCAACUACACAGCUUAACUUUUGUAUGCUUAGACUCUCUAAAAGUUGGGAAUACUAAUGUAGAAGGAGACCGGAUCUCAUGUAGGUGUGUUGCAUUUCAUGUAGUCCAACUCAAUGUCACAAAAAGCAGGAUUAGUGUUGCCAAGUUGCAUCUCUUGUUUCUCGUCCGACUUGGUGGAUCUUGUUAACUUGAAAGAAAAACAUAAAAUGAUGAA